UAUGUUUUGAAUAACCCAUAAUACUAUUUUUACAAAUAAAUACAUACACAAUACAGUUGGAAUAUAAAAAUAUGUCAAAGUACUAAAUACAUGAAACCAAUAUUAAAAACAGAGAAAAUUCUAAGCGGUUUCAUAAUAAGAUGUCUGUUCAAGAUGCGACAGAGGAGAGACAUACCAACAAUUAUAAGGAUACCUCUACACUUUUGCUUGGUAGGGAGGAUGACAUAAAGCAGAAAGGAAGGUACGAAAAAGAAAGUGUUAUACUAAGAACACCUAGUGGAAACAGACUUUAUCUUUUCUUUCUCGGUAAUUCAAAGAAGGAUAUAUCUGAAUACAGCAGUGUAGAAAUCUUAGGAGUGGCAUGUAAACACGUGUUUUGGGUAGUGUUAUGUUCUAUUCCAGUUGUCAUGUUAAUGAGUACCAUAGCAUUUGCAUACUCAAGAAUUUCAUUUACAAAUAAUUGCAAAGAAAAUACAACAUGUUCGUAUUAUAAAUCAGCAGUCUUGUUGUAUGGAACUAACGUGUCAUGCGCACUUAUCGACUCUUUAAAGGCAACAGUCUUUGCAUCGUGUAUUGUUAGAGAAACAGUGGUGUUAAAAAGUAACAUUUUAAAGAUUAUGUUACCAACAUUCUUGUUAGUGUUUCUGGCCUAUAUAUUACUAUACAACUACUCCAUCUCAAUUUGGUAUUAUUAUAUUGAUGUUGGAAUCACAGAAACAUUAUUUUUUACAACCUUUACUCUAUCAUUUUAUCGCAUCUCUAAAUAUCAUGAUAUGAGUUUCUUAAACCUAAUAAAAAGGUUUAUCGUUCCAAUGUUAUCUGGAGUUCUUGGAGUUGGGUUUACAGAAAUAUAUUUGAGUAAAAAGUUUGUUGAAUCAUCAGGAUAUGAACGUUACGCUAUCCGUUUAGUGGUAUAUCCUUUGCUGGUGGACAUCAUUUUAAAUUUUCAGGAGUAUGGAGCACGUCAACUUAUGAAAACGGAAGGAUUUACUGUUCAAGGAUUGGCACAUUUUAUUUAUGGUGCCCAGGUAGCAUUUGGUAUACUUGGAAGGUAUAUGACAACGACUUCUGGAAGUUUGACCAACGUUGCUAUUGUUUCUGGUCUUAUUGCUGUCAAAGACAUUAUCAUGCAUCGUGCGUGUCGAUUCCAGUGUUGGCUCGGAUAUUACCUGAGAAGACUGUUUAAAUUAAAAGAUAUAAAUGAUGAUCAUGGCACAUUUGAAGAUUGGUUUUAUAAUGAAGAUUAUAGAAAUUUUAGAUCUUGUAUAUUAAGCAAUGACUUUGUAUGUGAAUUAGUCACUGCGUUUACAGUUCCAGUCCUUGUGGUAUCAUUCAGACAACAUAGAACAUUGUUUAAUUUUGAUUAUGACUACCUUGCAGACGAUGCAGGGAACAUUAACAUGGAUUUUUUUGUCAAGCAAGAAGCAAUACAACUUUUAUUCCUGUUUUUGUCAUUUAUCGCUGUAACAUAUAUCGAAGCAAGAUUUAACAGAUUGGAUUUGAGAAUACUUUAUCGAAAUCAUAGCUGGUUGCAAGAAAGUUCGCAAUUUGUAAUUUACAUUUGGGGAGUCUAUUUAUGUCUGUCAUCUGUUCGUUUAUUACCAAAUUAUUUUCAAUGCAGCAGCAACGACAUAUGCCAUUGUAAUGUCAAUAUCAACAGAAAACUACACGGCUGUGACGCUUGACGAAAAAAAGUUUCCUAAAUAAACAAAAAUUAGUAAAUAUAAGUAUAAUUAUUGUUUUAUAUUAUUCUGUGAAUGUGUAUUAGCCACUCUUUUAAUGCAAUAUUCAUUUAACCUAAAGAAUGUUAGAAA